UUUGGCGGAUUGUAUCCAAAGGAUGUUAAAAGAUCUCACAAGUCAAUUGGUUCUAGAACGUACUUUUUCGUCCUUUAUCUGAGAUCUUACCAAGUGACUAAUUGAUAUGAUAACUUAAAACUUUUAUAUUGUUAAUUUUUGAAAAAAUUAAUGAGUACCUGGAACUAUGGUUUGGGAUUUUUUACAUAAGCACAAAGAACUAUCUUUGAAUAAAUCGUAUUUCAAAGGCGCGGUUGCACUUGCAGUCCUCUUCUUGUCAAUAAAGAUUGAAAUAGGUUUUGUAAACUCACAAUCAAUAUAAUUAUCUGAGUGCGCGUGAAAAUUUCCCAAAGGUUACAUAAGUUUUAGUUGUGUAUUGAAAUAGGUUUUGUAAACUCACAAUCAAUAUAAUUAUCUGAGUGCGCGUGAAAAUUUCCCAAAGGUCACAUAAGUUUUAGUUGUGUCGGAGACUGUCCUCUAUAAUUUCCUAGGAAUUUGGCGUAAUUAGAUCUUAUAAGAAUAUAAUGUCGAUUUAAAGUGAAUUUUAAGCGAUACAAGUAGUGAUACAAGUAGCGCGAUUUUUAAGAUUCUGAGAUCAAAUAUAAUCACAAAUUUACCGUGUCAUUGACAUAAUCAAACCCACGUGAUUUUUGGAACAUAGUUAUUUGUAUUGUAAAAUUUGAUUUGUCGCACAUACAAUCGCGCCUGAGACUCGCACUGGUUAUUGUAUUGUACAAUCGCGCCUUAGACUUGCACUGGUUAUUGUAUUGUAAAUACCACACACAUGUGUUAAUGAGUCAAACAAGUAGAUUUGAAAUAACCGAGUAUUUCGUUUAAAUACGAUUGUGCGAAGACUUGCGGAUUAAUUGUCGAUUUGCGUAAGAGCGCGCUCUGCCGAAGAUAUUUUUCUUACUUGACUUUUACGUCCACGUUCAAAAGUUCAAUCUCGUUUAAGUGAUGAUACAUUUCGUGCUGAUAACUCGUAAAAUUUCUUAGUUAUUGUCACACGUGAUAUCGUGUCUAAAAUACGUGAAAAUAAUGGAAAAAAAACACUACCAGAGAUAUAUAUUUUGAUAUAUAUAAAUAUACCGCAAUAUUAUUAUUAUCGACAUUAGCUAUAUGUAAUUACAUCAAUAGGGCCAUUCAUACUUCAGCGCUGUCCUACGUAAUAGACCGCUACGCUUUCUAAAACGGCUCUAAAACGCACGACCGUACGCGCGCUCUCCACAAUGUAAGGUAAAAUAAUGAUCUCUAAUACAUUAGGAAAAAAAAUAAAUAAUGUUGCAGACUGCGUCAAUGCUGCAUAUCCAUAUCACCAUCCUCUUAUUACUUACUAGCACAUUAUAUUUAAAAUUUAAAUUGUCGAGAAACGUACAAGGAGAAAGAACUUUAUACGCAUAAUAAAUACACAUGAUAGAUACCUAAUAUACAUAUGUAUAUACAUCUUGAAGCCUCUUGAUUUUAUUUCUCAGUGCUGCUUUUGAUUUCUUUAUAGACGGAUUUACGCGGAUUUGGCCUGUCGGAGCGUAUAUAGGGCUGUACUGUAAAUAUGCAGUACACGGUAACGUAUCGGAUAUGGAGAGGGGCAUAUGUUCCUCGAACCAAUCUCCACACCGCGUAUAUGUCGUGUAUGUUCUUUCACAUUGUACGCAGGUGUACGUCUGUACGCAUCCACGAUACUGUAAUCCUGGGGAAAGAAGCCGGCUUGCUCUUCGAACGUAUUUUCUGUUAUAUCUCGAAUAACAAUCAUUCGUAUAAAUCGGCUAUUUUUAUCCAUCGUCUCACGACAGAAUAUUUCUCGUAUCAAAACAUGUUAUUUCGUACGAAACGUGAAUAGAUCUUCUGUAUUAGUCUCAGUGUCUGUUGUAAAUAAAACCAACUCUGAAGCCUGAAUUUCCUUGAAUUACAACCGAUCUUUGGAGAAUUACUGCGUUAUGAGAAUUACUGCGGAAUACGUAAAAGCGUUCUAUUUAUUAUCAGAUAAGAGACUCGUAUUUUAGUCAGUGUACUUGCCGGUGUGUCGGAGGAAAGUCGUAUAAAAAUGACGGCUACCGAAGAAACAGAGCCAUUGAUAUCUACGACGUCUCCAUCUUCUGUUAGUAAGAUUCAAAGAGUCACUUAUCGUACAAUUUCCUUCGAAGAUAAUGAAGGAAAUACAUUGCACGACGGAAACUCUGAGAACUCGUUUGAUCUUAAGCCGAUUUCGAGCUUGUCGACAGCCGCAGAUUUUAACAAUGAAAGCUUUGGCAACAAUAUUACGUAUACGUGGAGCAAUGUGAAUGUGUAUUGCAGCGUGAGAAAUGACAGAAUUUGGGAUCGGCUGAUGUUCAGGUCCAGAAAAUUCGUUGCGCAAAAGCACAUAUUAAAAGAUGCAUACGGAGUAGCUUACCCCGGUGAACUGCUCGUAAUUAUGGGUGCGUCAGGCGCAGGCAAGACGACCUUGUUGAACGCAUUGACGUUUCGUUUAGCAAAUGGACUGUCUGCAUCCGGUCUGAUGGCCGCCAAUGGCCGAAGGAUAUCACCGGGCGUUCUUACCUCGAGGAUGGCUUAUGUGCAACAAGACGAUCUGUUUGUUGGCACGCUCACUGUGACGGAACACCUAAUGUUCCAAGCGGCAGUGCGAAUGGACCGGCAAAUCCCUCGUAAUCAGAGAAUUAAGCGAGUUAAUGAAGUCAUUAAUGAACUCGCCCUGUCGAAAUGCCGAAACACAGUGAUUGGAAUACCCGGUAGAAUGAAGGGCCUCUCGGGAGGUGAGAUGAAGAGAUUGUCUUUCGCUUCCGAGGUACUGACUGACCCUCCAUUGAUGUUAUGCGAUGAGCCAACGUCGGGUUUGGAUUCUUUCAUGGCUCAUCAGGUUGUCUCCAUUCUGAAAGCAUUGGCGGCACGUGGUAAAACGAUCAUCGUCACUUUACAUCAACCAUCUUCGGAGCUGUUCGCUCUGUUUGACAAAAUUCUGCUGAUGGCCGAGGGAAGAGUCGCCUUUAUGGGUACAGCUGCGCAAGCUUGUACUUUCUUCAAGACGCUCGGAGCUCCCUGUCCCAGCAAUUACAACCCUGCUGACUUCUUUGUGCAAGUGUUAGCCGUGGUACCGGGACGCGAGCAAACUUGUAAACACGCGAUCGAAACGACAUGCGAUACUUUCCGGAGAAGCGAAUACGGUACAAAUAUCGUUCUGAAGGCUGAGGCCGUCCAUGGCGAAUUCGAAGAUACUCUCAGACGGUUCAAUCAUUCCAAGAAUUCCAGCCGAUCGGUUUACAAAGCCAGCUGGUGUGAACAAUUCCGUGCGGUUCUAUGGCGAUCCUGGCUAUCGGUGAUUAAAGAACCGAUCCUCAUUAAAGUCCGCUUCCUGCAGACUAUUAUGGUCUCGUUGUUGAUCGGCGUCAUUUACUUCGGCCAGCGAAUAGAUCAGGACGGCGUGAUGAACAUCAACGGCGCCUUAUUCAUCUUCCUUACCAAUAUGACUUUUCAGAAUGUCUUCGCAGUCAUUAACGUGUUCUGCGCCGAGUUGCCGAUAUUUCUUCGCGAACACAAGAACGGUAUGUAUCGCACCGAUGUCUACUUCAUCUGCAAGACGUUAGCAGAAGCGCCGAUAUUUUUAGCGAUACCGAUGAUCUUCACUGCUAUAGUUUAUCCUAUGAUUGGUCUUUAUCCAGACGUAAAGCACUUCUUCGUCGCUACUGCUGUAGUAACUCUCGUAGGCAACGUGUCGACUUCAUUCGGCUAUUUAAUAUCUUGUAUCAGCAACCGCAUAUCUGUGGCUCUCUCCGUUGGUCCCCCAGUUAUAAUUCCGUUUUUACUUUUUGGUGGCUUUUUCUUAAACACAGCGUCCGUACCAUCCUACUUCGUAUGGUUUUCAUAUUUAUCUUGGUUUCGUUACGGCAACGAGGCACUUUUGAUCAAUCAGUGGUCAGAGGUCGAUUCUAUAGCGUGCACCAGAAGCAAUGUGACAUGUCCAAAAUCAGGGCGUACGAUUCUUCAAACUUUCAAUUUCAAAGAAGAGGACUUUUGGAUGGAUAUUAUCUGCUUGUUUGCGCUUAUCAUAGCGUUCCGCUUUCUGGCAUUUUUCGCGCUACUAUCAAAAACCUUCCGCUCAAAGUAGUCUUAUGUAUCAUCAGUAACGAUUUGCUCUAAUGCUGUGUGUACUUUCAAUAAACAAUUUUAAUAAAAUUUUUGUAUCUUGCACUUGAGUAUCUCCGCCAUCAAAAAGAUUUUCACAA